AUGGCAGGGUUCUCUUCAAUGAGUCCAAACACUUUAACACCGGACAUCAUCAAACCCGAUAUUACAGCACCCGGGGUUAAUAUUUUGGCAGCUUGGUCUCCAGCAAACACUGAACUCACCGCUGGACGAACACUUGACUAUAACAUAAUUUCUGGUACUUCCAUGUCUUGUCCCCAUGCUUCUGCAGUGGCUGCAAUUAUAAAGUCAUGUCAUCCUUCUUGGAGCCCAGCAGCAAUAAAAUCUGCAAUAAUGACAACAGCUACAGUCCUAGACAACACUAGAAACUUCAUUAAAAAAAAUCCCAAUGGCACCCAAACCACGCCUUUUGACUAUGGAUCUGGGCACAUAAAUCCAGUUGCAGCAAUGGAUCCCGGACUAAUUUACGAUUUUGAUUCCAGUGAUAUUAUCGAUUUCCUCUGCAGCACAGGUGCAAGCUCUGCACAACUGAAAAACCUCACCGGCAAGCUAACUUAUUGCAAGAAUCCUCCUAAACCGUCAUAUGAUUUUAAUUACCCAUCCAUUGGGGUAUACAAGAUGAAUGGAAGUUUAUCGGUGCAUCGAACGGUCACAUAUUAUGGUGAAGGUCCAACAAUUUAUUGUGCACUACUAGAAUAUCCAAGCAAUGUAAAUGUUACAGUUAUACCAAAUGAGAUCAAGUUUGCAAAGUUUGGGGAGAAGAUGUCUUUUAGGAUAGAUUUCACUCCUUUCAAGAGUAGUAACGGAAGCUUUGUGUUUGGAGCUUUAACAUGGAGCAAUGGCACCCACAGGGUUAGGAGUCCCAUUGGCCUUAAUGUGCUUUCUGUGUAG